AAGAAUGCCGAAGUUGGACGAUUUGGCGAUCAAUCUGAAGAUGCUGACGAAGACUCUUGAGAGAGAGGCUAAACGAAGCAAACAGUCACAGACACAACAGAGAAGUAAAUUAAAGAAAGCAAUUGAGCAAAACAACAUGGAAGGGGCGAAAAUCUACGCUGAGAAUGCGAUCAGGAACAAGAAUGAGGAGCUGAAUUACCUCAAACUGGCAUCCAGGAUAGACGCGGUGGCCGCUAGAGUUAACUCAGCCGCCAAAAUGGGAGCACUCACUAAAAAUAUGUCUGGAGUGACAAAGGCUCUGGACAGCUGCAUGAAACAGUUCAGUCUCGACAAGGUGCAGAAUCUGAUGGAGAAGUUUGAGGGUCAGUUUGAGAAUUUGGACGUGCAGGCUUCCUCCAUGGACCAGGCCAUGUCAAACACAGUCACCACCUUCACCCCCGAAGACCAAGUCAGGGGUCUCAUGCAGGAAGUUGCGAGCGAGGCGGGUCUGGAGUUGAACACGCAGAUCCAAGUAGCUCCAUCGGCUGCAUCCGCCCAGAGCGAGGAGCAGGAGGAAUUGUCUCGCAGACUGGCAGCACUAAGGGAGACACAUCAGUAGUGCCAUUGACAUCAUCAGAAUCAAAAGACACCGUCGACAGUCAGAAUAAGAGAUCGAACAGAAGAAUUAUCAAUCCAGAAGAACUUUUGGUGUAAUUUGAACGUUUAGAUUUUGCGCAAAUUUAUUCGAAGUUAUCGGUUGCGACAGUUAAUUGUACCCUGCGCUGCUUUUUAUUUUUCGUUACACUUAAAAAAUUCUAAUUUACCAAAAAAAAUAUCCGUAUCAAAAAAGUUCGAUAUGGAAUUUACAACCCAUUUUUAAAUCAAAUUUUAGUGAAAACUAUGAUUUGGUAAAUUAUGACCUAUUUUUGAAAAAUUGAUUCAAUAAAAUGUAAGCAAAAUUUAUGAGGCCUACAGCAUGAUUGCAUCUCUAAUUAUUUUGCACUGUUUUAUGAAGACCAAUGUGUAACCUCCGUUUAAGUUCAAACUGUCUCACCCGAUAUGUACGUGUAAGUUAAGCCUAGAUUCUAAUAUCUCUUUCAAUUUUUUCGCAGAAUCACGAUCCAUCUUGGUUUGAUAGCAAAAUGAACUCCCAAUAAGAACUUAGUUGAAUCCCGAAAUUAAGUGAUAAAUGUUCAGAUUAUUUUAUUUGUCAGUUUGUUGAAUCAGCCAUUUUGAGUCUAUAAGUUUUUAAGAUAUUUGCGAGUUCGAAUUUGUUACUAAAUUUGUCAAAUGGAAAGAGGUAAUAUUGAGAAGAUAAUAUACUAAGUUAUUGUCUUGAAAUGCUCCGAAGUGAAAUGCUCCGAGGUGAAUAUUGUCAUGUUCUAAUAUCAAUAAGCUGAAAGAUUUUGCUGUAACAAUGGGUAAAGAUUUUUCGAAGAAAAAAAUGGUUUCAUUUUUUUCAAUGCGAGAAAUCUUUCAAACAGACGGACUGGGUCGAAGAUUCUAUUUGCUCAAUGCUAAUUUCAUUGUCCAUUCUCUAUUUUGAGUUUUGUUCCCAGAAUUUAUUUUAAACCUCAUUGCUGUAAAUGUUUCCAUUCUUUUUUGUUGAUAGAUAAAAUCAUAGGUAGAAAAAAUAAUUUAAUUUUUUCAUUCAAA